AUGGCGUCUGGGGCGGGGUCGCCAUGCGGGGCGUGCAAGUUCCUGCGGCGGAAGUGCUUGCCGGAGUGCGUGUUCGCGCCACAUUUCGGGGCGGAGGAGGGGCCGGUGCCGUUCGCGGCGAUUCACAGGGUCUUCGGGGCUAGCAACGUCUCCAAGCUGCUGCGGCGCGUGUCGCCCGCCGAGCGGUGCGCCGCCGUGGUCGCCAUCGGCUACGAGGCGCAGGCCAGGAUCAGGGACCCCGUCUACGGCUGCGUUGCCCACGUCUUUGCCCUGCAGCAGGAGGUGGGCCUUCCUACCACCAUGAGCUUCCUUCACCCUGCUCUCCAAGCUCAGAUGCAUCUCUGCGGCUCUUGAGAAUCUGAGCUUGUGGUUCUUGGUCUCAGUCCGCCAUCCUUCUUUUUCUUUUUGGUGCACGAACUUCAGUCUCCCUUUUUCAGGAUUUAUUUUAAUGAGUUUUGCUUGCGACUAUGAAUAACAGAUGAAGGUGAUCUCAAGUAGUGAAAGAUCUCUCUCUCUCUUGCGGUUUCUGUAUUUAUCUAAGUUAUCUCCCUCCGUCUCCACUCAUUUUUUCUCUCGCGCUCCUAUUCAUCGAACUUACGUCCUCUUUCUGUAUUUUUAUCUGCUCUCUCUCUCUCUCUCUCUCUCUCUCUCUGUCAUCUAUUUACCUCUCCAUCCUUCUCUCCAUCCAUCUUCGUCCCUGUACAUAUCUGCCAUUCAUGGCAUGGUUUCCGCAGCAUAUCUGAGGAUUGCUGGUCUUCUUCCAGAUAGCGAGCUUGGAAGCCCAGGUGAUGCAAGGAAGAGCCCAACUGGGACUCGCCAUGGCUGAUCUCCGACCGCCAGAGAACCCCAGCCGGAAGGAGGCCUCAGUCCUCCCCCGCUCCUGCUCCGGCGAGCAUUCCGCAUCUCCGCAGAGCUCCCUCGACUGCACCCACCUCAACGACACAAGGGAUCCCCUCUUCAUGGAGGAGCAGCGACCCCGGAAGAGAGCGCACCACGGAGACGACCUUGGCGAGCUCCAUGAUCUCGCACUGCGAAUGAUGAUGGACUGA